GCGUUACUGUAUCUUUUGUGGCCGCUCCUGAUUCGCCGAUUAGAAACUUACAAUAUGAACAAUUACCCUUGGAGCCCAAUUGGACUGUGUAACAGUUAACAACGUUAGCAGUGAUAGAGAGUAAAAAUCUGUUUUUGUUGUUGUUGUUGUUGCUGCGCAUGCUCAAAAGCACGUGAAAGUUUUAUUGUCAAAACCUAGUCAUCAUUGACCGCUUCGAUCGUAACCGAGAAGAUUGUUCUGUUAUAAAGCAGGUACUUUCUUUUUAGCUGCAAACACACCUUGGAGUGGUUGACGUAUUUACCAGUAGUCCAUGAACGGGUAAACAGGAUACGAUCUUGAUGAAUAACUUCGCGUGGAAUCACGCGUGACGUUCUUGCCGAAAUGUGAUAAAUAAGUAACGAAUUCGAAAGAAAGUCUAAUUUUGUGAGAGCCAUUCAAAAAAGCAACAUGUCCGCUAAUAAUUCUACAGCCUCUGGAUUAGAACUCAUAUCGCACAGAUCGACGCCAACAUUGGCAGGACAUUCUGACAUCGAACACCCUAGACACACUUACAAAGACGGGUUCUGGGAACCUCCGGCCGACUAUCAAGACGCCGCGGUUCGGAGGGACGAGGACCAGCUAUCGGUUGACACAGUUGCUUCUAAUGACUCCAAUAAAUACAAGUCCUUCAGUAAGUUGAUAAAGCGGUUUUCCGAGAAGACGUCUAUGCAAGGUGUUCCGUACAUCAACAAUGCCCGACUGUGGUACGCUAAAAUGAUCUGGAGUUUAUUACUGGUGAUAGCUAUUGGCUGGAUGUGUUUUCAUCUCUUCUAUCUUAUCACACAGUUCGUGCAAUGGCCGAAACAAACAAAAAUAAAAUUAAGUUUCAGCAAUUUAGAAAUGCCAGCGGUGACAAUUUGUAAUGUGAAUCCAUUGAGAAAUUCCGUUUUCGACAGAGCAUCGCUUCCGUUACAGGAACUCAUCAAAUACGUUGACCCGAAAGGUUUUGACAACGACGAAGAGGAUGAUGAUGAUGAAGAGCAAACAGUUGCUGAAUCUCCGAACCCAAACGUAACCGGAACCGGAAGUACCCCUGCUUAUAAUACGGAUGGUUACGGAACAGGCAAUGUUACUAAUACACAUGGUACCAAUGUUACCGAAAGUGGUGUUACUGAUUCCGUUGUUAAUGGAACAAGUCGUCCACAACACAGAAAUGCUACAAAUGGUACUGGAAACGGAACGAUAAACGCGUUUGGUGACGGUUCUCUUCGUACAACUUCAAGACCCCGCACGCCAGGGACGGGUGAGGCCGGACAGCCUCCCUCUAAUCGGAGAAAACGUUUCGUUGAUGACUUCGACAAUGACAAGAUAGACGAAUACCUAGAUUAUGACGAGGACGACUUCCGGAAGAAAAACGAGCCACCGAGACCACCAAGGGACCCGAUAGCUAAUCUGGAGGACACCUUCCGGUCAUUAUACAGCAACGAAAAAAGGAUGAAUCGGGUGGAUAUGGGUCACCAGAUCAAAGAUAUGCUCAUCAGCUGUUCCUUUGACGGUUACGAAUGCUUCCCCGAUAAUUUUACCAGGUACCAGACUAUGGAGUACGGCAAUUGCUACACGAUCCAAUCAUCAGCCUUCACAUCCAAAAGUUCAGGUCCAAAACACGGGCUGUCUAUCAUCUUGUUUAUGGAAAACGACGAAUACCUCCGCGGUUUGACGCAAGGAUAUGGUGCGCGCGUCACCAUAAACGACCAAUACUCAUUUCCGUAUCCGGCUGAUGAAGGAUUCUUCGUAUCGUCUGCGUUUGAAACACACAUUGGAUUAAAACAGAUAAACAUUGAGAGAUUGGGGCAUCCAUAUGGAACUUGUGACGAUGGAGUAGAGUUUGAACAACGCUAUAGAACCAGGUAUUCAAGGCAGACCUGUCAGUCUGUAUGUCACCAACAAGCUGUGAUCGACAGUUGUGGAUGCCACGAGAACAAUGACGUUGAAGUGUUUUUGCAGUCCUCCUUACUGGACAAUAUAAAGCGCUGCAAAACGCGUGAAGAAUUACAGUGCCAAUUUAGCAUAGGUAAAGAAUUUGAAGACAAAACCAGGGAAUGUGUCUGUGAAACGCCAUGCAAGGAGAAGCAAUGGGUGAGAUCGAUAAGUACAAGACAGUGGCCCACGGAAGCCUACACAGAAACAUUGUUAAGAGGGGUGUGUCAGAGAAGGCCACAACAAUGUAAAGAUCUGAUUUCAAAAGCGGACGAUCGCAAAAUCAGUUUAAACUUCUUGAAGAUAGUGGUGUAUUACCAGGACCUGAACCACGAAGAGAUAAAUGAGGACCCGGAAAUUGAGACUGCCCAGUUUGCGUCGGAUGUGGGGGGAGCCGUUGGCCUUUGGAUAGGACUGUCUAUUCUGAGUAUGUUCGAGGUUUUUCAACUCAUUGUGGAGCUGUGUCAGUAUGGGAUAUACAAGUGUAAACACAUGGGCAAUAUGGACAGUAAUGACAAACCGGAUCUCCCACUGGGGGACCGGAAAUCCAAUGUGCAGGCGCCUAGUGCCCUGAAUUUUAAUCAGCCGCAAUUUGCCAAAGAUUAUCUAUAUGACGGAAGAUUUGCAACAGCACGGUAUCAGUACUAGAAUCAUAAAAUAAA